AUGAACCCGGACAAUUUCCCGUUGAAAUUCCGGCGACCGUCCAGCAAACUGCACAAGGAAGCCCCUAGUUUCAGUUCGCGCAUUCUUCGCAGCCAUCAAAGCACCACCUCGCUGAAACGACACCCCUCUGCCCCCGUCUACCCACGUUCCUCUCCCAGUGGCAGUCGCGAGCAUUUUCGAUCGCGCUCCAACGCAGCUUUCGGCUCCUCUUCCUCAUCGCUCGAACAACACAGCGGUGGUCCCUCCCCCAGCCACGACGAAUCGAGUUAUUUCCCCAGCUACAACUCCUCCCGCUCCCGCUCUCGCAGUUCCCACCGCUUCUCCUACGGUGAACACCAUUCGGAUGAACUGACCACCCCCUACGAAACGCGGGGCAUGCUCAGUGCGUUGGAUGAGAACAGCGCCGAGACUGAUCCCCGCCCCCAGCAGCUUCCGACUUUGCGAUCGCAUCAGAGCCCCGAUCAUCGCGCCCGCCACUCCCUUCGUCAGUCUGCCAGCUUCACAGCUCUCGCCCACCGGAUGGAUCCCUUUGCCCACCGUGAGACCGAGCGGCCCUCGCCCACCCAGCGCUACUCCGAUGAGGGCAACGGCGUAACCCCGCGAACGGGGAGAAGCAAAAAGGCUAGUUUCUCCAGAUUCGUCGAUAGCAUGCUGGGUGCCCCCCGCAACAUCAAAAUCUCGGCCCCCGAGAACCCCGUCCAUGUCACCCAUGUCGGCUACGACAACCAGACCGGUCAAUUUACCGGUCUUCCCAAGGAGUGGCAGCGACUGCUACAGGAGAAUGGUAUUUCUAAGAAGGAGCAGGAGGAACACCCACAAACGAUGAUGGAUAUCAUGCGAUUCUAUGAGAAGAAUACCCGGGGCGACAGCGAUGACGAAGUCUGGCACAAGUUCGACCAUGCCCAUAGCCCGACCGGGGCGCGCAACUCGCCACCGGGGAGCCCACGAUUCCCCCAGAAUCAUGAAGGCAGUUUCGAAAAUCCACGGUCGCCGCCCCCGGUUCCUCGGCCAGCACCAGCCCCGCAAGGUAUGUCGCCGCCCGUGGGGAGUCUGGUGCCUCAUCGUGCACCUCCGAAACCCCCCACCAGCAUGACACCGUCGCGUCCUCCCCCACAACCCCCUGUGUCGAGUCCGUACGGUGCUGUCCCGCAACGCCCGGUGCAGGAUGCCUAUGGUUCUCCCUUCAGCACGCCGCCCAUCCCCGAAACAGAGGCGCUCCCCGUAUCGCCGCAUCGCAGCCCGUCUACCUCUCGGAAUGGCACUCCCGCGCCCAAGGCGCCGAAUAUGAUUGCUUCUCCGACGCAAUACCAGCAGCACCAGGAGCAGGUGAUGGCGUUCGCCCAGCAAGCGAUUGCAUCCAAGCAACUGGAUCGCAGCAACAGCCAACGGCAGCCAGCACAGCAACCACCACAACCACCACCGAUCUCGACGAAUGUCGGGGCUGCUGCCGUCGAUCCCUCUGCGACGGUGUCGCCGGCCGCUCGGGCCCCGCCGGCCGCCCGGCCCCGCCAGCCGCGCCAGCGCCAAAGCAAUGCGACGGAUAUCAGGACACGACUACUGUCGAUCUGCCACCCAGGCGACCCCACUCUGAUCUACUACAAUCUCAACAAGAUUGGCCAGGGUGCUUCCGGUGGUGUGUUCACGGCCUACGAAUCGGGCAACAAUAAUUGCGUGGCCAUCAAGCAAAUGAACCUGGAUUUGCAACCCAAAAAAGAUCUGAUCAUCAAUGAGAUCCUUGUGAUGAAGGACAGUAAACACAAGAACAUUGUGAACUUCCUGGAGAGCUAUCUGCAUGGUCUGGAUCUGUGGGUGGUGAUGGAAUAUAUGGAAGGUGGCAGUCUAACGGACGUGGUCACCUUCAACAUCAUGAGCGAAGGACAGAUUGCAGCGGUUUGUCGAGAGACUUUGAACGGCUUGCAGCAUCUGCACUCGAAAGGUGUCAUCCACCGAGACAUCAAGUCCGACAACAUUCUGCUGUCCAUGGAAGGCAAUAUCAAGCUGACCGACUUUGGUUUCUGUGCCCAAAUCAACGAUUCACACAACAAGCGGAACACCAUGGUCGGCACCCCCUAUUGGAUGGCCCCUGAAGUGGUCACUCGCAAGGAGUACGGCCGCAAAGUCGACAUCUGGAGUUUAGGUAUCAUGGCCAUUGAAAUGAUCGAGGGCGAGCCGCCAUAUUUGACGGAAUCCCCGCUCCGGGCACUAUACUUGAUUGCCACGAACGGCACACCUACCAUCAAAGAUGAGCACAACCUGUCGCCAAUUUUCCGCGACUUCCUUCACUUGGCACUCAAGGUCGACCCGGAGAAGCGGGCCUCGGCGCACGACUUAUUGAAGCACUCUUUCAUGACCUUCUGCGCGCCCCUGUCGCACCUCGCUCCUCUGGUUAAGGCUGCUCGAAUCAGCAGAGCCCAGGAAAAAGCGCAAAAGGGCGGCGCCUAG